GGAAAUUUUUUAUAAAAAUCUACAGUAUGGUGUAAAGAAUACAGUUAAUUAAGCGAAGAUUUCACUGGGCGGCUCGAGUAUUGCAGUUAGUAUAAUUGUCGAUUGUAUAAUAUUCAGUAAGUAUUUCUCAUAGUUCGAAUAUCAUAAUAAUCCAGCAUUAAAAAACAUACAUAGUUGAAAGAUGUCACCAAAUCUACAUAAAACAUAAAAUACCAAAAAGAAGUUAAAAUAAAAAUGUAUUAAAAGGAUUAUCUUAAAAAAAUUACAGAUAUUUUAAGAUUUUUUUCCAUUUUUAUUAUUUCCCAAAACAAAUUUGAAGAAUGUUAUUAACUGAAAAAGGAAAUUGAAACAAAAUAUUAAUUAUUAGCAAUAAUAAGUCCAAUGCUGAUUUAUUAAGAGUAUCUAACUGAUUGGGGGCAACUGAUUGUGAUGAAAAGAAUGUGAGUGUGACAUGUAAAAAACAACAUCUUAUAUAGGAUAUAUCUAUUUUAAAACUUGGAUUAUUAAAUUCAAGAACUUAGAAGAACAGGAUGACAAUACUUUCAGUAUAAUAUAAAACUAUAAUUGGUAAGUUCAUAUAAAUUUUAAAAUUAAUAAAAAAUAAUACGAUUUAAUUUUUCUAAAAUAAUUAAAAUGAGAAGAUUGAAAAUAAUAAUGUCAACAAAAGGGAGAAAAAUCUGGUAUCUGAAGAAACAAAUUGAGAGAAUAAAAUGAAGAGAGCAGACAUGUUUUAAUUCUUAAAUUCAGAAUAAGAAGAAGAAAAAGGAGAAGAAGAAACAAAUCACAUUAUAAUUUAUAAUUUUAAAUACUUCUAAGUGCACUAUUUUUAAUUUCAUUUACUUUUUCAUUUAUGUUAUCAAUCUUAUAAGACAACAAAGCUUCAUCCCUAUAAAGUAUAUAUAUGUAACCACAAAGUCUACACAUGCAUCUUCUUUCAAGCUAUAAAAAAAUUAGUUCAUUUGAAAGAUAGAUAUGAUUCGAUUUAAAGAUAUAGUUUUUCAAGCAAAGAGAAUAGUCAGUGAGAAAAUAUCGCGUUUGAGGUAUAUAAUUAACUUACGUAAGGGUCACUUCGCAGUAUACGUUGGAGAAGAAGAAGAAAAGACGAAAAGAUUUGUGGUUCCAAUCUCUUAUUUGAAAUAUCCUUUGUUCCAAGCUCUCUUGCGUCAAGCCGAAAAUGAAUUUGGCACAGAUCACUCGACGAAAUAUCUUACGAUCCCUUGUGCUGAAGAUGUCUUUAUUGACGUCACUUCUCGUCUAAAACCGAAUUUAAGUAAUAGUAUUUAUUUGGUUUGA